AUGGCCUCACAGCCGCAGCCUCUGCACCCGGCUAUGCCUGCGGGCACCGGGCUGGUGCCUGGCAGCCCUGAGAAAGGCACCUCUCGGCCCAAGCCCCCCGUCCGGCCCAAGCCCCGUGUGCUGCCCAAGCCAGCUGUGCCAGCCAAACCCUCCAUGCCUGUGCCGGGGCCACGGCACCCCUGCCCGGAGCUGCCUUCAGCCGAGAAGAUUAACCGCCUAGCUGGGCCCCAGCCCUAUGGGGGGCACAGCGCUGGGGGACCCCUCCGGCGCCCCUCCUUCACCAUCAAGUCACCUGAGACCCACAACGGGAAGGGGCUCACGCUCCCUCCGGCCACAGCCACAGAGGACCUGGCCCCAGCCCCUGUUGAGCAGCUGCCCCCCACUCCACCAUCCUCCUCCCGCAAGGGCCUGGCUUCCUUCAAGGUGACGCCGGUGCCAGUGGCCACCAAGCCUGAGCGGUUUCCUGGCACCACGGUGGAGGAGAUUCUGGCCAAGAUGGACAGCAGGGAGGGUCCGGGGAACCCUGACCGAGCCAGGCUCUCACCCUUCUGCUCCAACCCCUCCCCUCGCUUCGGUUCCAAGACCUUCACCGCCUUCCACAGAUGUGCCAGUGGGGAGGCGGAUGGAGCCCCCUCUGGAGCCCCCCAGACACCCCAGCAUGUGGCAGGCGAGCCGGGCACGGCGGGGAACGGCUGCUUGGUCACCGAGACAAGCGGCUCCCCCCGAGCCGGCCCGAGCUGUUCCGGGGACUCCCGUGGACACUGGAGGCUGCCGUCCCCCCCUGACCUCUCUGCUCUCCAACCAGGCACCUUCGGACCCCCUGGCUCCCCACGUCCCCCUGCCGUCUUGACCCCAGACCCUGCCCCGGGAGCUCCUUUCCAGCCUGCCAAGAUCUCCACCUCAGCCCCUGGCUCUCCCAGUGCCCCCCCAGAGCUCCUGCCCCCUGGCUCCCCAACCUUUGCCCCCAGCUCCCCAGAAUCCCCAGCUCAGCCCCCAGCCCCAGGCGCCCCCUCCUCCACAGCCGGACCCCAGCUAGGCACAUCUCGCUCCCCUGGCUCCCCCCACAUUCCUGGGGAGGGCUCCCCCAGCCCCCCCAGCACCCCCAAGCUGCCCCCCAGAGCCACCUGUCCCCCUGGCUCCCCCGAAGCUGCCACUCAGUACCCGGCCCCCAGCAGCCCCCCGCUGGCUAAAGCCUCUUGUCCCCCAGGCUCCCCAGAGGGACCUGGUGACUCCUUGGUGUCCUUCCAGCCCCGUGAGGAGUCGGUGUCCCCUCUCCAGGACCCGGGGCUCCGGCGCUCCUCGGAGGACGUGCUGCAGCCGCCCUCGGCAGGGCAGGGGCUGGGCACCCUGGGGGGCUCGCUGACCGCCCUGCCCCGGCCCAGGGACCUGCUGCCAGAGCCCUCCCUGGGCAGUGAGUCUGCCUGGAGCCUUUCCCAGUCCUUCGAGUGGACCUUCCCCUCCUGGGGGGCUCGGCUGCCGGUGUCCCCCCCACAGUCCCCCAUCCCAGAGGUGUCUGGCUCAGGGUCUCCCGGGGGGCAGAAGGACGCAGCCCCCAGCUCCCCCUGCUCCCCGGGGGACAGUGGCUCUGAGGGGGCUCCAUGCCCGGGGGGUCCUGUGGCCCAGCGAGAGGCUGAGGGCUCAGCAGAGGAGGAUGAAGGGGACACGGAGCAGGGUGGCACUGAGCUCCACUUCCCGCUCUGUGUGGCAGAGCCUGACCAGGACCCAGCUGAGCCCCGAGCUCAGCCUGGCCUCCCCAUCGCAGCCACCACCCUGGAUCAGGCCUCACCAGAUCCAGCCCCCACGGAAGACUCAGCCUCACCUUGGGCACUGGCGGACACCUGCCCAGUGAGCCUGCAGGGCCCCGGUGGGCCGUGCCACACCGAGGGCCCCCCAAAGGACCACGAUGGCCAAGCUGACCCAGGCUGGCUGACAGAGCUGCUGGCAUCACCCCGGGCUCACUCCCUCCCCCAGGACCUGCUGGGCUGGUCACGGAAGGACCUGUGCAGCGAAUUUGGCAUUGGCAGAGCUCACCACCCUGGCACCUUUGACUGGGGCCAGGAGGCUGCCGCCAGAGAGAGAGACUGGCCUGGAGAGACAGAUCAGGACCAGGAGUUUGGGACUAAAACAAGCUGGGACAGCCCUGGCAGCAGCAGGGACAGGGACCAGCUGGCCAGGCCCUUCAGCAGUGCCAGGAAUGGCUGGCACAGUGGGUAUGGGACAGAGCUGGCAGGGGAGGCAAGGCUGGGCUGCAGCCACUGGCCCCCAUCCCAUGGUGUGGGGCAGAGCUGCCCACGGGACCCAGACCUCAGCUCUGGCAAAGCUGAGUGGGGCACAGGCUAUGGCUUGGGCAGCAGGGAGGAGAUUGGUGCCAGUCAUGUAGACUGGGGCAGCAGCCACAGCAUGGGGCACAGGCAGCAGCAGGAUAGGCAGCCCAGCUGGGCUGGCAGCUAUCACCCCAGGUGCCCCCAGAGCCAGGACAGAGACACCACCACUGCCUGGCCUGCUGAGUAUGGCACUGGUGGCACAGAAAUGAAGGACAAGGAGCAAACCCCAGACUGGGCCAGUAAAUACAGCAGCAGGGAUGCCAAGGGCAAGGAUUUGACACUGGGCUGGGCUGGCAGAUCCAGCACUGGGGAUACUGGGAGCCUGGAGCAGGAAUUGAGUCCCAGCAGAACAGGCUGGGACAGGCAGUACAGCAGCAGGGACAUGGAGAGCCAGGACCAGGAGUUCAGCCCCAACCGCCCAGCCCAAGCCAGCACUCACGGCGCCAGAGACACAGAGACCUGGGACAGGGACUUCAACCCCAGCAGAUCAACCUGGGGUGAUGGGUGCAGCACCAGGGAUGUGGAGACCCAGGACAAGGAUGUGGGGAGCCAGGACCAAGAGCUCAGCCCCAGACAAGCAGCUUGGAUUGGUGAGCCCAGCACCAGGGACAUGGAGAGCCUGCACCAGGAGUUCAGCCCCAGCCAACCAGCCUGGGAUGACAAAUACAACACCAGGGACAUGGAAACCCAGGACAGGGACUUGGAGACCUGGGACAGGGAGCUCAAACCCAGCAGAGCCGCCUGGGAUGAUGAGCACAGCACCAGGCAUGUGGAGAACCAGGACCAGAAGUUCAGCCCCAGCAGACCAGCUGAGGCCAGCAAGUGCCCCAGCUGGGGCAGCAGAUUCAGCCCCAGCAAAUCGCCAUGGGGUGACAGAUGCAGCACCAGGGACAUGGAGGCCCAGGAAAGGGACAUGGAGACUCAGGACCAUGAGUUCAGCCCCAGCAGACUGGCUGAGGCCAGCGAGCACAGCACCAGGGACAUGGAGAGCAGGGAUGGGGAGUCCAAGCCCAGCAGCCUGGUAUGGAGUGACAAAUGUGGCAUCAGGGAGAUGGAGAGCCAGGACCAGGAGUCCAAACGCAGCAGGUCAGCCUUGGAUGGCCAAUACAGCACCACAAAUGUGGAGACCUGGGACACAGAGAUCAGGCCUGGCCAACUGGCCUGGGAUAGUGAGGGCAGCAGCAGAGAGAUGGAGAGCCAGGACAGAGAGUUUAGCCCCAGCAGACCAGCCUGGAGUGACAGAUGUGGCACAGGGGUCAUGGAGAGCCAGGACAGGGACAUGGAGAGCCAAGACCAGGAGUUCAGCCCCAACAGACCAGCCAAAGCCAGCGAGCACAGCACUGAAGACAUGGAAACCUGGGACAGGGAGUUCGGCCCCAGCAGGUCACAUUUGGGUGACAGAUGCAGCACCAGGGACCUGGACAGUCAGAACAGGGACAUGGAGACCUGGGACAGCAGAUUCAGACCUAGCAGAUCAUCCUGGGAUGACAGAUGCAGCAGCAGGGACGUGGAGACCUGGGACAGGGAGUUCAGCCCCAGCAGGUCAGCCUUGGGUGAUGGAUGCAGCACCAGGGACAUGGAGAGCCAGGACAGAGAGUUCAGCCCCAGCAGGCUGCCCCAUGCCAGCAGGCCCAGCUCUGUGGUCACUGAGGAGGGAGAGGCAGAGCCUGGCCCCAGCCAGCUGAGCUGGGCUGGUGGCGGUGGUGUUAGCCAGGCCGAGCUGGGCCAGGCCUUUGGUGCCAGGAGGGACUCGCUGGGCAGCCAUGUCCUGGAUCCCAUGGUGCAGGAGCCCAGCUGGGACAGUGCCUGUGGGCAGGAGCACGAUGCCACCAAAAGCAGAGACUGGGCUGAAGAGCUGGGAGAAGUCCAGUGCCACAACCAGUUUGGUGCCAUGAUGGAGCAGGUGCUAGGUUCCUCUGGUGGUGGCUCCAUGGCCUGGUCUGGUGGAAUGGGGUCUGGGGGCCGGCAGGAACCCCUGGAAGACUGGCAUGGGGACCUCUCAUUUGGCACCAGCCAGGACCUCUCCUUCAGCAGCCCCCUGGGCACCAGUGAGGUCAGGCCAGGCCAGGCCUCAGGUGAAGGCCUGGGCAGCGAUGCCAGGCUGGAGAAGCUGGGCUGGAGCAUGGAGCUGCAGGAUGCCGAGGCCAAGCGCCAGGAGUGGGCAAACGCCUUCAGUGCUCGCUGUGCUGCACGGAGCCAGGAGCUCAGCUGUGGGGAGCAGAGCCCAGGAGCUGCCACCAGCACAGGGCACAGAACCAUCCUUCUCCUGGACCCCAGCCCACCAAGGGACGAUGCCCUGAUUGCUCUCCAAGCCACAAAGCCUCCCCAGAGUGAACCACCCAGCCCAACUGAGGAGCAGAGGGAUCCCCCAGAGCCUCCACUGAGCACCAGAGCCUCCCCUCCAGGGCUGGGGGCUGCCAGUGGGGCCCAGCUGGACACAGAGAGUGAAGGACCCCCCUUGGACCACCCUGAUGGGGAGAGAGCACCCAGUCAGGGGGAGAAGAGGCUCUCCAUGAGCACCUCCCAGCCCGAGACACCUCUGGAGCUCCCUGGGCAGUUCACCUUCCUGGAGGACACGGAGGUGCUGGACAGCAGCAUGUACCGCAGCAAGGCCAGCCUGGGCCGCAAGCGCCCGCACCGGGCACCUGCCCUGCGCCCUGCUGCCAGCGCCGAGGGGGACGCCUGGAUCUUCAGGGACUCCACUGAGCCCCGUGCCCCCCACCCAGCAGCGUCGGACGAGGAUGAGGAGGUGCCAGAGGAACCCAAGAGCCGCCGGGUGCGGCCGUCCCCGGGCAAGGGGGUGAAGGUGCCACUGUUCCCCGGGCUCAGCACAGCUGCACUCAAGGCCAAGCUGAGAGGCCGCAACCGCUCUGCUGAGGAGGGGGCAGUGCCAGGGGACAGCAAGGGACCCCCUGCCAAGGACCCCCAUGUGCAACGCUCCAAGUCCUGCAAGCUCCCUGGCCUGAGUGGGAAGCCCCCGGCGCUGCCCCCCAAGCCUGAGAAGUCCUCAGGGUCUGAGGCAUCUCCCCCUCACUGGCUGCAGGCACUGAAGCUGAAGAAGAAGAAACCUUGAUGAGGCUGAUGUGCCCGAGGCUGUCACCACUGUCCCCAGGUCAGGCCUGGGGUUCCCCCUCCACACAUCUAUGCACUUUGUACGAUGCUCGCAGGGUCCCAUCCCACUCCCCCCUCCCCACUUUUCUCCCUACCUCGGCCCCUGGGCCACCCUCCCAUGCCCCUCCCCUC